AUAAGCUAAGAAAUAGCUUCUUUUUUCUUUCCCUUUUUGCUUACAUUGUUUUUCCAUUAAUUUUCAUUUCUCUUUAAUUCAAAAAGAAAAAAAGAAAGAAACAAUGGUGAUGAGUUUUCAAUUUCCAGCUUAUUUCACAGCUAUAUUCAUUAUAACCCGUGUGAUGUCCAUCAUGAAGAUAUCAAAGCCGUUAGAUGUCCAUCACAAGGAUAUCAGAGCCGUUGAUCUUGCAACCAAGCUCUCCGUCGACCCUUCCGCCAUCGAAUCAGCCUCUCGAGACUUCGGCGGGAUCGUAAAAGCCGAACCCGAAGCAGUUCUUCACCCUUCAGCACCGCAAGACAUUGCUGCGCUCAUAAAAUUCAGCUACUCCAGUUCAGUUCCUUUUGGUAUAGCAGCCAAAGGGCACGGUCAUUCUGUCAGGGGUCAAGCGAUGGCGGAAAACGGGGUCGUGGUGGACAUGAGAUCGAUGGCGAACAAUCGUCGGAACGGAACCGGAAUCCGGGUCUCGAUCGACAGGCUUUACGCCGAUGUCGGCGGCGAACAGCUUUGGAUCGACGUGUUGAAUGCGACAUUGGAAUACGGAGUUGCACCCGUUUCUUGGACCGAUUAUUUGUACUUAACCGUCGGCGGAACGCUCUCCAAUGCUGGAAUCAGUGGACAAACUUUUCGUUAUGGUCCUCAGAUCAGUAAUGUUCUUGAAAUGGAUGUUAUAACAGGGAAAGCCGAUUUUUUGACAUGCUCGCCGAGGAUGAAUUCAGAGCUUUUUUAUGCUGUUCUUGGAGGUUUAGGACAAUUUGGAAUAAUAACCAGAGCAAGAAUUCCACUUCAACCAGCACCGAAAGGGGUAAAAUGGGUUCGACUACUGUACGAUGAUUUUUCAUCAUUCACCAAAGAUCAAGAGCUUUUAAUCUCGAAAAAUGGAAGAAAAGAUAAAAGUGCAUUGGAUUAUUUAGAAGGUUCAUUGCUUAUGGAUCAAGGCUCACCAGAUAACUGGAGAUCGUCUUUUUUUCCACAUAAAGAUCAUCCCAAAAUAAUCUCAUUGAUAACCAAACAUGGAAUCAUAUACUGUCUUGAAAUCGUUAAGCAUUACGAUGAUCGAACAAAACACACAGUCGACAAGGGGAUGAAACAGGUUCUGCAAGGUUUGAAUUACAUGCCUGGAUUUAUGUUUGGAAAAGAUGUUGGGUAUGAAGAGUUUUUGAAUAGGGUUCGAAGUGGGGAACUGAAGCUUAAAUCACAAGGAUUAUGGGAUGUUCCACAUCCAUGGUUGAAUCUUUUUAUACCUAAAUCUCAGAUAUCGGAUUUCAACAAUGGUGUUUUUAGAGGCAUUGUUCUUGAACGGAAUAUUACUACAGGACCUGUCCUCGUUUAUCCUAUGAACAGACAAAAGUGGGAUGAUAGGAUGUCAGCUGUAAUACCAGAUGAAGAAAUAUUCUACACAGUGGGUUUUUUACAUUCAAGUGGAUUUGAUACCUGGGAAGCUUUUGAAGACCAAAAUAAAGACAUAAUGAGGUUUUGUAAUAAAACUGGAAUUUUGGUUAAGCAAUACCUUCCUCAUUACAGUACUAAAGAAGAAUGGGUUCAUCAUUUUGGCUCAAAAUGGAAGGUUUUUCAACACAGAAAAUAUCAAUUUGAUCCAAGAAUGUUAUUGUCACCAGGCCAGAGAAUUUUCAAUAAUAAUUAAUUCCUAUUUUUUGGGUAUUUUUAGGGUUAUUAAUUAGGAGGAAAAAAUAAUUACUAUGUCUAAUCUUUUCAUGGUUUGUUAGGGUAACUUUUUUCCAUGUAUUCUUUAAGGGUUUUUUUCAAGAAAAUUUUACCCAUGUAAUGAAAAUUAUUAAAAAAAUUACAUAGAAUGUUAUUUUUA